AUGAAUGCUGUCGAACAAUCAAAUGGUUCAUCGGGAAUUCCUUUAACAAAUGAUAACUCAACGACAUUUGCUACUGUUGUCAAAGAAUUAGCCCAAAAUAUUGAUUGUUUAUCAGUGGAUAAUCAGUCCAUUACUACUGAACAAACUGAGACAAAAUUUGAAGGAUGGUUGUCAAAAAGUCAAAGGAUAACGAUUGAAAAUAGUUGGAAGCGAGCAACUAAGAGUAAUGCAAGAGAACAAGUUGGAAUUCAAUUAUUUGGUCGCAUUCUAACUGCACGACCAGAAAUGAAGCAUUUAUUUGGCUUGCAAAAAAUUCCAGAAGGACGUCUAAAAUAUGAUCCACGUUUCAGACGUCAUGCUAUUGUUUUUACAAAAUCAUUCGAUUAUAUUGUUAAAAAUGUUGCUUAUAAGGAAAAAUUAGAGCAACAUUUUCAGGCACUUGGAGAACGACAUACAAUGUUACAGGGUCGUGGAUUCAAUCCAGAAUAUUGGGAUACAUUUAGUGAUUGCAUGAGGCAAACCGUUUCGCUUUGGGGCAGAGACAAGGAUCACAAAACGACAAAUACAUGGCAAAUGCUGAUCUCAUUCGUUUUGCAAAAUAUGAAAAUUGGUUUUAAUCGUGCCAACAAUCGUUAUCCACGGCGCGCAUCACGUACACCGCAUCAACGUCCUACCAACCCAACUGGAUCCAGCACACAACAAGGAACCGAUCCAAUUCAGUUUUACAAACAAUUUUGUCUUCAGCAAAAAAAAAUAGCAAACGAAGGUUGCCACAACUUCCAGUAAUGAAUUGCACUAAUGAAUACUAAAUGAGCACUAAUGAAUACUUCACAUUUUGGAUAAAGAGCUUUUACAAUCUCAGUGGUUCAACUAUUUAAGAAUCGGAAUUUAGGUUUUUAAUUAAUUAAUAGACACCCAGAAAAUGAUAAUCCCAACCAAUUCCUGUUUGUAAAACGGAUAAACGGAUAAACGG